AUGGACCCCCGCAACAGCAGCUACAUCCAUCAGAGCGGCUUCCGCCCCAUCUACUCAGGGGGCGUGCCAUCUCACAACAGCACGCCGGGACCUUAUUUUCAUUCCGCACCUUCGUCACAGCACGCUUCCCUGCACCCCGCAGCUGCUAGCCCGGUUUCGUCCAACAAGCGCACGGCAUCGUCAGCGCUAGGGACGGGCAACGGCGAUCCAGCGGGAGGCGGCGGCAGCGCCGCCAAGAAGGAGAAGAAGCUAAAGGGAAAGUGGACUGAGGAGGAGGAGAAGUUGCUGAUCAAGCUGCGCAGCAGCGGCAUGAAAUGGGUCGACAUCUCGCAGCAGAACCCGGGCCGCAGCGCUACCGCUUGUCGCCUGCGCUACCAGAACUACACGGAGAAGAAGGAGUGGGCUGAGGAUGAAAAGGACAUGCUUGCGCGCCUCUACCAUCGAUUCAUGGAAGACAUGUGGAAGCGCAUCGCCGACGAAAUGUGCCGACCAUGGCGCUCCUGCGAACGCAUGCACUGGCAGCUGGGUGAAGAAGAGAUGCUGCGCCGCGCCAACGUGCAGUACCGCGGCGCUUCAGCUGGUGGCGGCGGCCCCACGCCUCCAGGCGGCCAUCUCGACGACGAGAACGCCUCUCCGCCCUCCUCGACCCUCGCGGCCGACGACGACAACAACACGACGUCACCCGCCUCGUCCUACCAUCACAUGUCCACCCACUCGCCGCACCAACGCGCCCAUCACCAUCACCACCCCCACGCACAACACCCAUACAACCAUCACCAACACUCCCCCUACGCCGCGGCCCCCACCCAUCACCACAACCUCUCCCGCGAACCCUCCCGCGAGCGCGGCGAUCAGCAGUGGCCACCGCCGCCCCCGCUCCUCCCCACCCGCCCCACCAGCGGCGCCAGCACCGCCGCCAGCGUCGGCCAGCCCGCCUCGCCGCAGGCAUUACCGCCGCUGCCGCGCGGAGCUGCUGCGGCCUCCGCGGCGCAGCACCAGCACCAGUCAUCAGGCCUCCCGCUCCACCAGCCCGCCGCCACCGGCGCCUACCACCUCGCGACGCCGCUGCUCGGCACGCCGCGGCAGACGCCGACGCCGGUCAGCUCGUCGGCUGGAGGAAGCGGCGUAGGCGGAGGUAGCACCGGUGGGGGCAUGAGACCUGUCACGCCGCUGAGUCUGGCGGCGGCUACCGCGGGUGGAGAUGGGCAGCAGCAGCAUCAGCAGGUGCAGCGAGGCCCGACACCCUCGUCGCUGGGGACGACGCCGAGGACGGUGCCGACGGUCGUGCAUGAGGGAAGCGGCGGUGUUGCGGCGCCGGGGAGGGACGAGGGAGGUGGUGUGGGGAAGAGGAGGCAUCAGACGGCGGGUUUCGUGGCGGAUAUGGAUGUCGUUAGGGUGAAGAAGGAGGCUACUACUGGGAGUGAUGACUGA